AUGGCCGUCUCCGUCUCCGUCUCCGCCGCCGACCUCGCCCUGGCCAGCCUCGCGGACGACGACGGCGGCGGCGGCGGCGGCGGCGGCGCAGCACCGCCCGGCAAGGCCGCCGCGCCGCGCGCCGACCCUGACGCGCAGACCGCGGUGACGGACUUUCUCGACUUCACCGAGUACCUGCCGUCGGACGUGCUGCGGUCCCUGACGCUGAUCGGCAAGCUGGACGAGGCGUACACGCAGGCGUCGCUGCGGGCCGACGAGCUGACCGCCGCGUGGGGCCGGCUGCCCAGCCUGGCGGCCGAGGAGCGCCCUUCGCCGGUGCGCCUGCGCGCCGACAUCUCGGAGCAGCUGGGCCGGGCGAUGCGCUCCCGCGCGGCGGCGCGCGACGAGGCCCGCCGCAUGUGCGACAACGUCGGCCGCCACCACGCCAAGGCCAAGGUGCUGCUGGCCAAGCUGCGCGACAUGAUGGCCGGGUACCCGGCCGCCGCCGAGGAAGCCCGGAGCCCCGCCGCCGCCGCCGCCGCCAGGUCGCCGCAGGCCGUGCGCGCCAAGCCGCCCGCGGGGGAGGCCGCCGCCGCAGCGCCGCGCAGGAUCCGCCGCCACCGCGUCCCCAAGGUCACCGUCCCCGGGGAGGUCCUCGCGCCCUACGAGAUCGAGUACGACACGGCCAGCGACGACAGCGACGUGAGCUCGUCGUCGUCGUCGUCGGCCUCCUCCUCCUCCUCCUCCUCCUCCGGCAGCGGCGGCGACGCCGACGCGUGUGGCCCCCCCUCCGGGCGGAGGAGGACGCCCGCCGCGCCGCGCAUCAAGCUCCUCUCCUCCGGCAGGGUGCACAAGCUGGGUGGGCGCGCGGGCCGUCCGGCGACGUACUCGUCCGCCGCCAUGGCCGCCGCCGCCGCCGCCAACGCCGCCGCCCUGCGCAACCCGCCCCCCGAAGACGCCGUCAUCGGCAGCGCCGACGCCCCCUGGCUGCAGCUCACCAAUUACGAGUUGGCCAAGCUGCGCAAGCGGAUGAAGAAGAACGCCACCUGGACGCCCAGCGACACCAUGGUCGCCCGCGAGCUCAAGGCCCUGGGCAGGGGCCCCGAAGAGUACAGGCAGGCCAGGAAGAAGGCCGAGGACCAGGGCGCCGACUUUGACCCCGGGGCGCCGGACGCGCCCGUCGUCGACAGCGACCCGGGCGCCCAGCACCUCCCGCCGCCCGGGGCGGUGGGCGCCGACGCCGAAGCUGCCGGAGCCGCGGGGGCCGACGAAACCCCCGCCGCCAGCAGCAGGGGCGUCAAGCCGAACCAACCGGCCAAGAAGAGGCUCAAGCGGGAGGCCCUGGCCAAGCAAGCUGCAGAGGAGGCCGAGGAAUCCGCGAGGAUCAUGGUCCGCGCCGCCCAGCUGUUCAUGCACAACGGCAAGGGCAAGCCCGAGGGCGGCUGCAAGGAGGCCAGCGAGGCCAAGGAGCUGCUGCCCAGGGAGGAAGCCCAGUCGCCGGCAAAGCCGAGGACAAGCGACCCCCGGCCUCCCCUCAAGAGGAAGAGAAACGGGGACGGGGACGGGGAAGACGAGCACGCACACGAGUCCGGCACAGCGACGCCGUCGCAGCCUCUGCCGAAACGCAGCAAGACGGAGACUCCGGUCCGGCCGCCUCAUCACCCUGGCAUGGGCCCGAGCAACGGGUUAGCGGCGGACUCGUCGGCCAUCAUCACCAUCACCAACACCACCACCAGUACCACCACCAACACCAACACCAACACCAACACCAACACCCACACCCACACCCACACCAGCAGCAGCGCGGCCAAGACGGCCGCCAACAGCACCAGUCACGGCGUCCUUCCGCAGGGCCCCGCCACGCCCGCCAGCAGCGCCGCCGCCGCCAUCGCCAUCGCGACGCAGCCGAAAACCCCCGUCCCCUUGCCCUACCCCCCGCAACCCUCCGCUCGAGCUGCCCUGUCCCCGACGCCCAACCCGGCAAACGCCAACGGCGCCGACGCCCCGGCCUCCACCGUCAUCACCACCACCGCCGUGCCCGUCAAGCCGCCUGCCGAGACCCCCGUGCCGCUGCCCAGAACCGACCGCAGAAAGUCCAUCACGACCGUCGCGCCACCCCCCCGGGACGCCGCCAAACGCGAAACCAGAGGCGAAGCCGCGAAGCGGACGCACCACCCGUCGCCGCCCACCGCCCUCGUCCCCCCGCGGCCGCAAUCCAGAGGGCAGACCCCGCGCCUGGACCAUGCCCCCGACGCCGCCGCCGCCGCCGCCGCCGCCGCAGCAGCAGCAGCAGCAGCAGCGACGGGCCGUCGCCCAGGCUCGAGAGGGAAAGCGAUGAGCCAGGAGCCGCCGUGCCUGGCGGCCGACCGGCCUCGCCGCGCAAGCACAGCCCGGACCACGCCGGCGCCCGAGGUCAAGCUGGCCGCGAAACGGGCAAAGCGUCCCGCCCCUGGCGUUGUUAGCACCACCAACAGCGGCGGGAGCAGUGCCGUGGGCAAGCGCAAGGCCGCGCCCAAGAAGAAGGCCCGCGCGGCAAAGAAGGAAAAGGGCCAGGGCCAGGGCCAGGGCCUAGGCCCGGGUCAGGGGCCGGAGACGGAGAUGGAGGACGUGGACGACGAAGGGAACCCCAUCGACCCAGACGAGCCGCGGUACUGUCUAUGCAACAGAGUCAGUUUCGGCACCAUGAUCCAGUGCGACAACGUCGACAACUGCAAGCAGGAAUGGUUCCACCUCGAAUGUGUAGGCCUCGAGGACAUCCCCGCUCGAACAACCAAGUGGUACUGUCCAGACUGUCGGAAACUCCUCAAUAUAGGAGAAAAGGGGGAAAUCAGCGCGCGCGGGAUCAAGAAGUGA